UCGGAGCGAACAGGCCGCGGCCGAGGCGCGCGGAGCCCGGGGGCCUCGAAGCCGAGCUGUCCGGCCCGCCCCGCCGGUGCGGGCUGCGCGACUGCGGAGGGGGUGCGGGGAGGAGGCUGUGCGGUCCCCGCGGCCAAAGCCGCGCCGGGCGGCGAAGUGCGCGGGCCGAGCGCAGCUGGGGGGACGGCCGAAGACUUAGGGGCCACUUGAAUGUAGGCUGAGGGCUUCGUGGGCAGCCACCAUGUUCAACCAGCAGCAGCAGCAGCUCCAGCAGCUUCAGCAACAGCAGCUUCAGCAGCAGCAACUGCAACAGCAGCAGUUGCUGCAGCUCCAGCAGCUGCUCCAGCAGUCCCCACCGCAGGCCCCACUGCCCAUGGCCGUCAGCAGAGGGCUCCCCCAGCAGCAGCCACAGCAGCAGCUCCUGAAUCUCCAGGGCACCAGCUCGGCCUCCCUCCUCAACAGCUCUGUGCUGCAGAGAGCUUUGCUUCUACAGCAGUUGCAAGGACUGGACCAGUUUGCAAUGCCACCUGCCACGUAUGACAGUGCCGGUCUCACCAUGCCCACAGCAACAUUGGGUAAUCUCCGUGGCUACAACCUGGCAACCCCAAACUUGACAGCCCCCAGCCUCACAUCCCCACCGCUGGCCACCCCAAAUCUACAGCAGUUCUUUCCCCAGGCCACUCGGCAGUCCCUGCUGGGCCCUCCUCCUGUCGGGGUCCCCAUAAACCCCACCCAGGUCAACCUUUCAGGGCGGAACACCCAGAAACAGGCCCGGACCUCCUCCUCUACAGCCCCCAAUCGCAAGGAUUCUUCUUCUCAGACGAUGCCUGUGGAGGACAAGUCAGACCCCCCAGAGGGGUCUGAGGAAGCCGCAAAGCCCCAAACAGACACACCCAAAGACCAAGAAUCUCCCCGCUGCCCAGCUGGCAUCACUAAGGAGAAACGCACUCCAGCAUCUGAGUCUGAGUCUUGUGUGGUGUCUGAGCCACCAGCUAAAAGGUCAAAGAGCUCAGAGGAGCCCACAGAGAAGGGGCCCCCAGGGCAGCUGCAGGCAAAGGUCCAGCCACAGACCCGGAUGGUGGCACCAAAGCAGACACAGACACCUGAGCUGCUGCCCGAGCCGCUGGAAGCUCGGGUGCUGCCACGUUUUCAGCCACGGGUUCUGCAGAUCCAAGCCCAGGUGCAGCCACAGAUGCUACCGUUGAAUACCCAGGUGCAGCCAAAGCUGCAGAAGCAGGCACAGACACAGACCUCUCCAGAGCACUUAGUACCGCAACAGGAGCAGCUGCAGCUGCAGAAGGAGGCAGAACCACAGAAACAGGUGCAGCCACAGGCAUAUUCACAGUUUCCAAGGCAGGCGCAGCCGCUGUUGCAGAAGCAGGCACAGACGCAGACGUAUCCACAGGUCCAGACAGAAGCACAGCCAAGGGUCCAGCCACUGGAGCAUCCACCAGAGCAACCUCCAGUGCAGUUGCCAGUGCAGCCACCAGAGCCGACCCAGAGACAGCCUCAGACUCAGCCACAAGUGUCAGUGCCGGCAUCAGAGAAAACCCCAGUUCCAGUUCACUCUGUAGGGCGAGAGAUGCUGCCCGAUACGGUGGAAGCUGGAGCAGUCCUGGAAGAGGCCUCGCCGGAGCCAGUGGGUGCCCAGGUCGGCCUGGAGGAGAGCCAAGAGGAGUUGACCGGUGGCCUGGAUGUGGGCGAAUGUGAAAAAAGAGCAAGAGAGAUGCUGGGGGUGUGGGGUGCCGGGGGCUCCCUGAAGGUCACCAUCCUGCAGAGCAGUGACAGCCGGGCCUUUAGCACCGUACCCCUCACACCCGGGCCCCGGUCCAGCGACUCCACCUCCGUCACCCCUGCAGCAGCCAGCACGCCCUCUAAGCAGACCCUUCAGUUCUUCUGCUACAUCUGCAAGGCCGGCUGCAGCAGCCAGCAGGAAUUCCAGGACCACAUGUCGGGGGCCCAGCACCAGCAGCGGCUCGGAGAGGUCCAGCACAUGAGCCAGGCCUGCCUGCUGUCCCUGCUGCCUGUGCCCCGGGACGUCCUGGAGAGAGAGGACCAAGAGCCUCCACCCAGGCGCUGGUGCAACACCUGCCAGCUCUACUACAUGGGGGACCUGAUCCAGCACCGCAGGACACAGGACCACAAGAUCGCCAAACAAUCCCUGCGACCUUUCUGCACUGUUUGCAACCGCUACUUCAAGACCCCCCGCAAGUUUGUGGAGCAUGUGAAGUCCCAGGGGCAUAAGGACAAAGCCAAGGAGCUGAAGAUGCUUGAGAAGGACAUCGCCGGCCAAGAUGACGACCACUUCAUCACGGUGGACGCUGUGGGCUGCUUUGAGGGUGAUGAAGAGGAAGAGGAAGAAGAUGAUGAUGAGGAAGAGAUCGAGGUUGAGGAGGAAUUAUGCAAGCAGGUGAGAUCCAGAGACAUAUCCAUAGAGGAGUGGAACGACUCGGAGACCUACAGCCCCAACACCGCAUAUGAAAUACAAGAAGGCCAAGAACCCCAGCCCCACCACCAGGCCUGUGAGCCGCCGCUGUGCGAUCCACGCCCGGAACGCCCUGACUGCCCUGUUCACCACUGGCAGCCGCACACCCGCCCAGCCCAGCACCCAGGACACAGCCAAAACCCCCAGCAAGGCCCCUUGAACGUGCUGUGGCAUCUGCCUGGAAUGUGCUGUGUCCUCCUUCUGUCUUCCUUCCCUCCUCUCCUUCUGGAUGAGCCCCACUCAUCCUUCAAGUGUCAGCGUGGAUGUCGCCACAGGGAGCCCUCCCAUGCCCCAGACUGGAUCAGGCCUCUAUUCCUGAUCCCGUUGCCCUCUCACACCUCCGCGGCCCUCACCUCCGGCUCGACUGCUGUGAUUGUGUGCUAGUCUAUCUCCCCCACCAGACUACAGUGAGUGCUCUGUGAGAGGUGGCGUGGUCUUAUGUUCACUGCUGUUUCCCCAGUGCCCUCAGUGUCACACAGUAAGCAUUUGUUGAAUGAAUGAAUGAAUGGAUGGAUGGAUGGAUGGAUGAAUGAAUGAAGCCUUACUUUCUAGCCUUUCUGCCUUUCCUCAACCAUCCCUGCCACCCAGAAUGCCUCAACCACAACAGCCAUUCAAGGACCAGCUCCAAAUGCCUCCUCUUCCAAGAAUCCUUCCCUGGUCUCCACCAGAAACCAUCAGUCCCUCCUCCAGAGACACUCCUGACCUGCCUCUCUCAGCAACACAAUGUCCCCUAGGACCCAAGGUCUGGGCCUGUGCCCACUGUGGAACCCAGUUCUGAGCCAGCCCAUGACUCAGAUACACUCAGCUGCCAGCUUGGGACAAAGGGGAAGCGGCUGGCGGUGUGUGGAAACGACCAGGGCUGGAGGAGAAUGUCUGGGACAAGGGUGCAAAUGUGUCUUUGUUCUGGGGGAAGGGUACCCAUUGCCUAGAGCUGUCCUAACACACAGAGGACAGAGUCCUGGAAAGCCUCUGCUGGAUCUUAGAGUCCAACUCCCUUGUGGUACAAAUGGGGAAACCGAGGCCCAAGAAGGAAGAGACCUGCCUAGGGUCCUGCAGCUGGUUGGUGGCAAAGCCAAGAUUCAGACUUGGGGAGCAGGGGCACUUGGGUUUCAGUCCCAGCUCUGCCCCAUUCCAGCAAGUUUACUAUACCUUUCUGGAAAAAGGGAACAAGAACUGGGUUAUUGUGAAGAUUCAAAUACAUAUAUCAAGAACUCAGGAUCUGGCCACAGCAAGCACUAUUAUCAAUAUUUCUCAUUCCAGUCAAGAGACACAAGUGAGGAGAAGGGUGGGGAGGUGGCUGUCUCCACUUCUGGGGCUAGGCGUUGUCUGUGUCGAGUGUCAUGGGUACCUCCUGGUUCCAAGUCUUUGCCUUCCAUGGGGGACAGCCUCCCCCUAGUGCCCUAAGUCCUGUGAAUCUGCCAGCUUCCACUCAGUGUACUCCUGGGAGGCCCUUCCAGAUGCCCCCACCACAGCUGCCAGUGUGAUUACCACACCUGGCUGCUGGUCACCAGCAGUGCCCCAGGCAAACCAGGCAGCCCACCACAUACCCCUUACUCUACCUCUUCAUUAAAUGCAGACCUUGAGUGAUGAAGUGUUCUAAAACUCUUGUGGUGAUGGAUGCACAACUCUGAAUAUCCUAAAACCCACCGAAUUGUACAGUGUAAAUGGGUAAAUUGUAUAGUGUGUGAAUUAUAACUCAAUAAAACUGUUACCCAAAAGCAGACUCCAUACUUACCC